AAACCAUAUCGUCACUUUCAUGUGAACCGCGGUCAUUUGCAGCCGUGACCAUGGUGUUUUGGACUUAUGGUCUACGGUACAAGUGGUUAUGUUUUAUUUUGUUGAUAACACUGUCACCAAAGUUGUUAUUCUUUUGUUUACUUGUGUAGUUGUAUAUCGAGAACAAGUUAGUUUGUACCUUCUACUUCUAAUAAAAUAGGUAUAAUGGAUUAAAGUCUACUGGUGUUCAGCCGUUUAUUUUAAUAUUCGUGUUGUGUAUAUAAUGAGCGUUAACUUAAUGGUAUAUUAAAGUUACCUUACCUAUACCCCAAGUAUCGGUAACAAUGAACGUUGAUUAUGAAAAUAUUCAAAGGUGAGUACAGAAAAUAAUACUUCAGUAUCUACUUGGUAUUAUAAGCAGUUCAUUUAAAUUGUCAUUACCAAAAGUCAAACAUAGAGGCACACGUUCUCUGGUAUAGCUAGUCAGAAAUAUGUUAUAUGUGCAUUCGAUUUGGAGUACAGUGAAGAAGGUGGUAGUUUUACUAUAAAUUGUUAGUUUUUCUCGGAAAAUAUUUUUUUUCGAUUUGGUAGUCAAAAAUUCCAAUUAUUAAAUUGUAUGGUUUAAAACGUGCGAAUUUUUCGACUGAUUGUAUUUUUAUUUGGACAUUUGUUUAAAAUUGGUAAUACUUAUUCCAGAAAUUGGCUUUCAUGUAUUUUUGAUAAAUACUUUUUGUUUAACUAAUUUAUCUAACUUUUGGCUAACUAGUUUUUAGGUACUUUAAAAGAUGUCCAGUAGUAGGUAGUUUAUUUGAAAAAAAUAUCUAGAUUAUCAACUAUUUUUCUAUAAAAUGUAAAAACUUACAAUAUAUGUUGAUUAUAAAUUUGUAUUAUUUAAGUAUGUUGAUUUUUGAGUUACCUUGUCUAUGUGGCUAAAAACACGAAUUAUAUUAUCUUCCUCAGAAUUGUUUUUUACUUGCAAUGAUUUAUUAUUGUAGUGUACAAACUUAUUUACUCUAUAUUUCUUACUUUCUAAACUCCCCAUCAACAACAACUACCUAAAAACUAUUUACCCAUGAGCUAUCAACUUUUAGUGUUGUAUUAUUAGAGAGUACUAAAAGUUGAAUUAUAUUAAUAUUUUUAGGGUUAAGUAAUUCUGUGUAGUACUUCAUUCAAAUCUUCAGUUAGUCUUCAAUUUUAGUGAAAAUUUGUAAUAGAUUAAUUUCAUAGUUUAUUUUGUUUUAAUCAAAAAUUAUAUUUGAGUGAAGUCGUUAUGAUAGGUACUGAAAAAACCUAUUAGAUACAAAAAUAAUAAUAUUUAAAUACUUACGUUGUACUAUAAACAAAUCUAGUUUUUAAUAAUUUAAAUAUUUUUCAUUUAAAAAUAAAUUGUUCACAAUCUGUGCUUCUUGGCAUUAUUUGGAAGUUUAUAACAAUAAUAUUUCCAAUUUUAAGACAAUAUAGGAAUGGAAAAAAUCAAAGAAUUUAAUUAUAAUAAAACCAUGCACAUUUUUUUCUUAACAUUUAAUAUCAGUAAGCUCCAAUACUGUUGAAUUUCACAAAAUAGGAAUUGCAGGUUUUAUGGUGAUAAGAGUUGUGGUAUUUAAAAGGAGACCACACCUUCAUCUACUGUCUCAAUUCAAAUACCGGGCAAAAUUCGAAAACAAUGCUUAUGCAGGCUAAGUAAAACUAGCUUAAUUUUGAUUUUAAAGUAAAAGUACCUAAUAUAAAAUUUAUAGAGAACCAUAUUUUGUUAGGAUUGUCGUGGGUGUUUUUAGUACCAUGAACUUUAAAAAUGUUAGUUAUUUAAAAACUAAAUAAAAGAAGGGUUUUGUGACUUAUAUUGAGUUGUAUAUUUAGAAUAAUAUAAAAACCUGAUAAGGUUUCCUCCAAAUAUUCUUCUCUAUACAUUUUAUAAUAGGUACUAUCCUCUAAAAUCAAAAUUAAGUUAGUUUUAGUCUGUUUUAGUUAGUCUGUGUAAGCAUUGCUUUUACAUGUUGUUCGGUACCUAGUUGGACCUAGUAGAUGCAAGUGUGGCGUCUUCUUAAUAAACCAUUAACCAUAUGGCCAAACUGUACAGUACUUUAAAUUGUUAUAAUGUCUAGUGACAAUUUGAUUUACAGUAUUAAACAAUGGAAGUAACUUAAUAGUGUGAUAAAUAGAUUGAUUACUAAUAUAGGUCUAUUAAUUUUAAAAACAUUGUAUGUAUACAAGGUUAAAAUAAUGUAAGCUUCUAUUUGAUUUGUUAGAUAAUAAGAUGUUGUGUCGAUAUUGUAGACCUAUGUCUACAAAAAAAAAAAAAUUAAAUUUAUUUGGUGUUUUCUUUUUUGUCAUUUAGAUUAUAAAAAUAAAGAAUUACUUUAGUUGGACAAUUUUAAUUAUAAAGUAAAAAGUUGAAUCAUUCUAUUUAUUGUUUGAUUUACUAGUUACCUAUCACUUAUUGUAUUUAAUAACCCUAUAGUAAAUUUCCUUUUUGCUAAAUAAAUAUACAUAUUUAUUUUAUUGUUUUCAAAAUUUAUUUUAGGUUUUCUACGAUAGAAUGUGCUUUUUGUGGAUUCUUGUUUCGCAAUAAAACAAGUCUGAAAAAUCACAUAGAUUCUAUGCACAAUGGAAUUAAAAGUACACCAGGACAGCUGAAAAAAUCCAGGAAAUGUACCGAUUUACGAUGUAUGGAAAAAGGAUGUACUUGCAAAUUUUAUAAUAAACAGCUCUUUAUUAGCCAUUUGAAGUUUGAUCAUCAAAUUGAUUUCGAUAUACGCCAUUUAAAUUUUACUUCAGUAGACGGUAUUACAUAUUUUACACAUAUAGAAUUUGUUUUUAUAGAUUUCAUUAUAUAACUGUUUAAUUAAAAUGUAUUGUGUAUUUUUAGAAUAUUCAAACUGGAAAGAAAACUUUGAAUUGGAGAAAAAUUGCCGUUAUGUUCGUGUUACUGGUUGUAAAACCCUUCAUGAUGGUAAAAAACUGUCAUAUUAUUACUGUAAUCGUUCUACAUAUUUUACUAGUAAAUCAAAAGGUGUGAGGAAGCGAAAGAAUCCUAUUAGGGUAAAAGGCCUUUGUACAGCAUCUAUGAAAGAAAUUGAAAACAAUGAUGGUUCUAUUGAAAUACUACUGUGUGCUACACACUAUGGUCACGAUACAUCAUCUGAAUAUAUGAAAAUGACCAAACGAGAAAGAGAUGAAAUCACUGAACUCAUCCAACAAGGUGAUCAUCCAGAUCUAGUAAUAAAUGCAGCUCGUGCUAAGGCAUCUGAUUCAUUGGGACGCAUGCACAUGUUAAAUAGAAAAGAUAUUAAAAAUAUUGAGCGUAAACUGGGAAUAAGAUAUCCAGGAUUUAUCAAACCAAGGAGAAUUAAUGAUCUUAGCACAGAUAGAUGGAUUUCAAAAUUACAACUUACUUCGGAUAAUCCUAUAGUGUUUUAUAAACCUCAAAAUGUAGUACACGAAAGCUUUGAAUUUAAUGAUCUUAUAUUAAUAUUUAUGACUAGCAAUCAACAAUAUUGGAUUAAUAAAUUUGGAAGUGAUGGGAUAUUUAUGGUGACUGAAAUGAAAAUGAUCCGUGCUGGAUUUUAUUUAACUGUAUUGUAUGUAUGUGAUGAAUUUAAUGUGAUGUUGCCUGUAUGUUUUAUGAUGUGUAAUGAUAGUAAAGUUUAUCAAACAUUUUUUUUAAAUGCUAUCUACAACAAAAUUGGUCCUAUUUAUGCUAAAGCUUUGAUCACCGAUGAUAAUUAUGAUUUGUACGAAUGUUGGACUUCAACUAUGACACCUGUCAAGCAUAUAAUUAACCAAAGAUAUAUUGAUGAUCAAAUAAUAGACAAACUUCAGAAUGAAAUUGAAGAUCAAGAUUUACAGCAUGAAAUAUAUGAUCAAAUAUGUUCAUUUUUCAGUAAUUCUGAUAUAAGUACCAAAGAAGAAAUCAUAAAUUACUCUAAAAAUUAUCUCAGAGUGAAUGAUAAAACGAAAAAAUUUGGAAUGUUUUUUGAUCAAAUGUUUGCUAGUAGAGCAAAUAUGUGGGCAUUUUGUUAUUUAAAAGAAUCUCUGGAUUUAGAUAAAAUGAUCGACAUUGAUACAAUUUAUAAUCAAAUGUUAAUACUAUGCGAAAACAAAAAAAAUUUCACACCAAAUUUAUCGAAAAAUAUUAACAUUUUUUUCUCAGCGCUUUUAGAAAUUCAAAAACUUAAACAAAAAAAAAUUGAAGAAAUCAACAUUACAAUUUCAAAUAAUCAUAGAAAUGCAACAUGUUAUAACUCUACUCUUAUUUUUCCCAUUGGCAAAGAUAUGUGGCGAAUUAAAUUAGAUGACGGUAAUGAUAAUGAGUUUGUAACGGUUACUCGAAAAUUUUGCAAAAUUAUUGAUUGUACAGUUAAGUGCGAAGCAUGUUAUGAUAUUUGUGCCCAUAUCUAUGAAUGUUCAUGUAAUAGAGGAGAAGUGAAUAUAUGUGAACACGUUCACAUGCUUGGUAUUUUCAACAAACGUGGUAAUCAAAGCAUUGACAAUGAAGUGAAAAAAGAGGAGAUGGAAAUGCUAGAUUUAAGAACGAAUAUUGUAACAAAAUUAAAACGAAUUCUUAGCAGUAUACAUUGUGUAAAUGAUGAAGAUACACUCAGAAGAAUCAGUGUUUCUUUAAGUAGAGCAGAUAAUAGUGUUUCCAAAGCAAGGACUAUGACUAUCAACAGUUUGUGUGAUGAAGAUGAUUACUAUGAUUGAUGAUUCAUUCAGUAUUAUUAUUGUUUAAUAUUUAUUUAUUAUAAUAAUAAUAUGUUUUAACUAUACGGUCUCAUAAGGUUUUUAUAAUAUAAAAUAUAUAUUUCUCAUUUUUAUAGUAUUACAUUUAAUUUAUAAGUCAAUAUUAAAUAGCCAUAAUAACUUUUUGUUAUUGUAUCUCAUAAUGACAUCAAGUAAAAUUAAUUUUAAAUUAGCAAGUAUACAAUUUUUAUAUAAUAAUUUAUACCUAUUGUAUAAAUUAUGUAUUUUGUAUUUAUAUUAUUUUUUUGUGUCUCAUCUCAUUAAUUUUAUUGUAUAAAAUAGUCGGAAUAGUAUAUAAAUCAGAGUUCCUCCCAUAUAGGUAUUUGAAUGUAAAUAUAAACUAUCUAAGUUAAAUUUUCUAAUUUUUUAUUUUAUUUAUAAUUUAAUUUUUAAAAAAUAAGUUAAAUUUUAAAUAUUUUUUAGACAAUAAAUAGAAAGUGAAAGGUUUAAAUUUUAUCCAAGUAAAGAAAAUUGGUUAAUGAACAAAAUAAUUAAUGUAUUUAUUCUGAAAUAUUUUAGUUUUAGUACCUAGUGAAAAGUCAUUAGAUGUGUUAAUAAUAUUUAUUCUUUAUACCUAUAAACAUUUAUUUAUUGUUUGAAUUGUUGUUAGAUAAAGUUAAAGUGAAUCUGAAAGUAAAUACCAUAUACUAUUUUAAGUUAGAAAUAGUAUUUUUUAAAAUGUUUUUUAUUAGUUAAUAAAGGGUUUCCUAAAAGAAAAACUGGAAUACAAAUAUUUGUAUUCAUUUAAAAUAUUAAUAAUGCAUCUAACUCCUACCAGCAUAUAAAGUUUUAAAAUUUAAUUAAAAGUUAUUCAAAUUAUUAUAAUUAUACAUCAAAAUAUUUAAUUAGUUUUUAAUUUUAAUUUUUAUUAAUAUACC